AUGUACAGAAAAAAGUCAAUUUGUAAGACUUCCAUCGCUGUAGAAUAUUUGCAAAGAAAGCAUUCCAAGGAGGCGGAUAUCGACGAAGGAGUUAAGCAUCACAAAAUUGAUGUAUUAAUUCUCACCUGGGACAACAGGAUUUGUCCUAAAGGAAGAAAAACUCCUGGGGCUCGUAACGCUAAGACGGUUAAAGAGAAGGAAAUUUCUCGAUUCAAAUUCACUAUCUAUACGAACCUGAUUUUCCUUACUUCCGUCGUCGUCCUCUGCUCCCUCGUUACCCACUCCAACGCCCAAUAUUACUAUGCACCCUACUACGGUUAUGGAUACUAUGGUUAUCCAUACAGUUAUGGAUAUUACGGAUAUCCAUACAGUUACGGAUAUUAUGGCUAUUUUGGAAAGCGUGAAGCUGGAUUUGGAUCUGUUCAACAACACGAACUGCAACAUGAGCACCAGCUACAACCUCCAGAGCAACAACAUCUUGAAAGCCACCAACAAGCUCAAGAGCAGCCACUACAUCUACAACCACCGCCGCAAAUGUUACAGAAUUAA